AAUGAUGAAGUACGAACACCUAUAAAAGUAAAAAUUCAAGUUUUGGUCGACCAUUCAGCAAUCAUGGCUCGAAGUUUGAUUUUGGCAGCGCUAGUUUGCAUCUCUCUGGCAUUUCCCCAAGACUUCCAAUUUGAGGAAUACGAUUCAUCGGAUUCUCUUAGAAUUGUUGGAGGGUCUAACGCAUCAAUAAACGAUUAUCCCUUUGCAGUGCAAAUUUAUACGGGUUAUCGCUUUUGCGGUGGAUCGAUAUUAUCUAACGCAUGGGUACUUACGGCAGGUCACUGUUUACUUGACGCAAAUGUAAUAAAUGUAACAAUUCUUGCUGGUGCUCAACGUCAGGGGCUAGAUGGUGUUCUAGUAGAAGCUGAAGAACUGUACAUCCAUCCUCAGUACUCUGAGCCCCCUAACGACACUGAAGCAGGUCCCGACUAUGAUAUCGGUUUGAUUAAAUUGUUACAAAAUCUGACCUUCAGUGAUACAAUUAGGAGUGUUCAACUAAUUGAUGACAAUCAACAAGUAGCAGCAGGAACCAAUGCCACAGUUUUAGGGUGGGGAUCGCAGUCAGAAGAUGUAAAUGCCAGUUAUACUGAUGAACUUCAAGCAGUUUCUGUACCAGUUGUCGCACAAGACAGAUGUAGAAGUAUUCUUAAUCUUACCGAAGAGUACCUCACUGAUAGGAUGCUGUGUGCUGGUUACGACGAAGGUGGCAGGGAUGCCUGUUCGGGUGAUUCCGGAGGACCCUUGGUUGCCAAUAACACUCUCAUUGGUAUCGUAUCGUGGGGACGUGGCUGCGCGCGGGAACAAUCUCCAGGAGUCUACGCUAACGUUACAAACCUUCGUCAGUAUAUUAGAGAUGUUACAUCACUUUAAAAAAAAUAAUUAUUAAAAAAAAAGAUAUUCGAGUUG